AUGAUUGUAUCUCGUCUGGUUCAUAUAUGCACUCUCGUUGUGUCUUUGGUUGUAGGCUUGGACGUGCUGGACUAUGUUGAUCCGCUCAUUGGAACCGCCAACGGAGGCCAUGUCUUUCCUGGAGCAACCUUGCCAUUUGGCAUGGCAAAGGCAGUCGCAGACACAACCAGGGACAACCAGGGCGGUUUUGCGAGCGACUCGAGCAAAGUCACGGGUUUCUCGCACGUGCACGACUCUGGCACGGGAGGAGCUGCCUCGCUGGGAAACUUCCCUCUCUUCCCCCAGGACUGCCCUGAGCUCACCAAAUGCGCCUGGGAAUCCUCUAAGCGGGCCUCUAACUGGACAAACGCUACAGCUCGUCCCGGAUAUUUUGGCAUUGAGCUAGACAACGGGAUCAGAGCAGAGAUGACUGUCACAAAUCACACGGCGCUGUAUCGAUUUGAGUUUGCAAACUCUACCAACCCCCUGAUACUGGUGGACCUGAUUGAUCUUCCCAUUUCCAGAUCCAAGGGGUUCGCGGCUGUAGACUCUUCUACAGGCCGAAUGACCGGUAACGGGACUUUUAGUCCGAGUUUUGGAAUUGGGCAUUAUAAUUUGUAUUUCUGUGCCGACUUCCAGGGAGCUGAAAUUCAUGGAACCGGUGCCUGGCAGAAAGAGAAUGCAUCGACCAUUAAAUCAAACAUUUCUGUGGCGGGAGAAGGUAGUGGUGGUGUAUUUGUGAGGUUCAAAAAGCCAGCAACUGAUUCCAGGACUGUCAUCACCGCCCGUGUGGGAAUCAGUUUCAUAAGCAUUCAGAAGGCCUGUCACUAUGGGGAGGAGGAACAGCCCGGGUUCGAUCUCAAGGAGACGGUUGGGGCCGCAGAAAUGGCGUGGAGGGCAAAGCUGGGUGUCGUCUCAGUCAAUACAGCAGGGGCUUCGGAUGGCUUGCUGAAGAGCUUCUGGAGCGGUCUGUAUCGAGCAAUGAUCAGUCCACAGGACUAUACGGGCGAAAACCCACUCUGGGACAGCGACGAACCGUACUAUGACAGCUUCUAUUGCAUUUGGGACUCUUACCGGGCUGCCCAUCCGCUAUUGACACUGGUGGACCCUUUGUCGCAAUCGAGAAUGAUACGUAGCCUGGUAGAUAUCUACCGCAAUGAAGACUACCUCCCAGAUUGUCGGAUGUCGCUAUGCAAAGGAUACACGCAAGGAGGAUCAAAUGCGGAUGUGCUCAUGACCGAGGCGUACCUAAAGAGAAUCCCCGAUAUUGACUGGGAUACAGCAUUCGAAGCCGUCGUGAAGGAUGCCGAGGUAGAGCCGGCGAACUGGGAUGUUGAAGGGCGUGGAGGGUUGAACAGUUGGAAGACCUUGGGGUACAUUCCCAAAAACAACAACGACACGUUGGGAACGGGUCUCAAGACUCGUAGCGUUUCCCGGACGGUCGAGUAUGCGUACAACGAUUUCUGCAUUGCAAUCUUAGCAAAGGCGCUGGGGCAUGACAGUGAUCAUAAGAAAUAUCGACAGCGGGCCUCAAAUUGGCAGAAUCUUUACAAUAGCAACCAGACCUCGAGCAUCGGCAAUGUCAAAACCAAUUUUACCGGCUUCCUUCAGCCUCGUCUUGCUAACGGGGCAUGGGCGUACCAAGACCCCAUCCUGUGCAGUCCCUUAUUGGAUUUCACCGGCUGCUACCUGACAGACACCGGCCACGAGACAUAUGAGGGGAGUGCCUGGAUGUAUACCUUUUACGUACCCCAGGAUAUGGCUGCUCUCAUCAAAACCCUUGGCGGUUCCAAAGAAUUUGUGUCUCGGCUUGACUUUUUGCACGAAUCUGGGCUGCUCUAUAUGGGAGACGAACAGGCCUUUCUGCCCGUAUACCAGUACCACUACGCAGGCCGUCCUGCGUUGUCAGCUCGACGCGCUCACUCAUACAUCCCUUCGCAGUUCAACACAUCUGUGUCUGGCAUUCCCGGAAACGAUGACAGCGGGGCCAUGGGCUCUUUUCUUGUGUUGAGCAUGAUAGGCCUCUGGCCCAUUCACGGACAGGACGUUUACCUGAUCAACCCACCCUUCUUCAAGGAGGUGAGCAUCCGCAAUGGUAUUACGGGGAAGCUUGCAACGAUACGCAACGUCAACUUCGAUGCGAGCUACCGGAAUAUCUUCAUUCAGAGCGUGCGGCGAGACGGAGCCAAGUGGACGAAAAAUUGGAUCGGCCACGACUUCUUUCUGGAGGGAGGAAUACUGGAAAUCAUCCUGGGAGAGCGAGAGAGUACAUGGGGGAGCAAACAUGAAGACUUUCCUCCAAGUAUGAGCUUGUAG